UGAAGCUAUUUUUGCUAACUGUAUUUUUCUCUCUAUCAUCACAAACAUAGGAUAAACAGCUACCCCUCUUCGAAUAAAUGCAGAGAUGUCUGGUGCUAACGUCAAUUCUGGAGAUGACACACGAACAGUCUCCACGUCCUUCUGAGCAAAGGGUGGCAGCAACUGACUGUUUUCAUAAAACAUUUAGAAAUGCUUCAGCAAGUUUAUUAUCCACUUCAAAAACCAUUUCAAUCAGUUCCCAUCUUUUUUCUGCAACUGUGGCUUCCAUUUCUGUUGGUACAUUUUCAGCAUCAACUUUUUCUCCACUGGUUGAGAACUUUCCAUGGAUCGGCUCCCAUUCGAUCGAGUUUGUUAAUAAAGAACCCAAAUGGCACCGUCAAGAAUAUGCAGCGCCCUCUCCACUUCAAUCGUAAAAUCAACAUGACCAGGCGUAUCAAUUAUAUUAAUCUGAUAAUCUUUCCAGGUGCAACACAGGACAACAGAUUGGAUAAUAAUUCCUUUCUCUCUUUCUGAAUCCAUUGAGUCCAUCUCUGCUCUGACGCCGUCUUUGCCACGAAC